GGACCAGCACGUCCAACUCCUGGCCAGCAGUCUGGUGAGCCUGCGUGAGUUGGCCUGUCUGACGGAGGAGAAAGUAGAUGAGCUCAUCGAGGUGUUGUGUCUCCUCCCCCGAAGGAGAUGCCUACUCAGACAGCGCUCAGGACCUGCCCAGUGGCCGUAGACAAGCCGGAUCGUAGAGGCCGUUUGCGUUCAGCUCUGCCGCCUCCAUCUGUCCUCCACCAGGUCCGCAGGUGCGAGGACUUCCCGGUGGGCGGCUGUCCUCAGGGACUACGUCCAAGUCCGAGAGCUGGUGCUGGGCAACCUGAGGCUGAUGGAGAAGACCACCCUCCAGCUGUUCAAGUUAAACCAGCACACCCUGUCUCAAUGGGUUUCAGGCACAACAAAUGCCAGAACGGGCAGGAGCAGGCUGUCCUUCUCCAGGGGGUGCAGCCCCCUAGCGCCAGCGCAGUGGACCCGGAGCCUCAACCCCAGCCGCACCCACUGCUACGGGAGGCGCCGACGUACGCCCACCUGCAGUACGUCUUUUUGAGCCCCCCAAACGCCACGGGUCUGGCAAAACAGAGGAACCGCCCCGGGGCCGCUGUGCGGACCAUCGCCCCAGCCCUGGCACCCUUGGUCAUCCCUGUGCUGUAUGCCCCAGCACUCCCUUCCUCCUCUUCGGCGGCUGCUGCUGGUCCUCGUCCUGUUCCAAGGACCACCAGCUGGCGCCACAAAAAGAGGGCGUAGGAGGAGGAGGAGGAGGAGGGUUCCAAGAGGAAGUAUGAGCGGAAGAGAGCAGAGAACAUGUGUGGUCUGUGCGGACAGCCAAAGUGGAAGGAGUUUGGGCACAGCCACUUUGGCAACACUUCCUUCUGCUCUGCUUCCUCGGGCAAAACUGUGGCACAGUGGCUGGCUGAAAUGCGUGCCGGGAAACUUUAAUCCCUUCUCCCUUUGUUUUAUUUUUGUUGUUUUUUUACAAUUUCUUAUUUUAUUAU